UAAUUCCCAUAUAUUCCCGUUAAUUCCCACAUAUUCCCGUUAAUUCCCAUAGAAAGUUUCCAGCUUUGAAAAUUCCCAGAAUUUUGCAACCCUAUUUAGCACCAAUUUUGUUUAGAGUGUACUGAGCUGUUUGGAAUGGAGGCAUGAUUGCAAAUGUCAAUCAUGAUUUCAUCUCAGUCUUGCAUAUGCAACAGAAAAAUUAAAUAUAAAUCACAAACAGACAGAUCAGAUCUCUCAGGUCAAAUCUCUGCAAAUCAUUUUUUGAUAUGUAUACGUUUUUUUGAAAGAAAAUUUCACCCAUUUUCAGAGAAAUGUUAAUUAAUCUAAACCUUGCUUUAAAGCCAUCUGCAUUCAUCAAUCAGGCUCCUACAGAUCUUAAUCAAGACAUCACCUUUUCUAUAGCUUACCGACAGCUUUGUCCAAAUGAAGGACAUAUCUGAGAUGGAUUAAAUGGAAUGACCAGUAUAGAUGACUCAUAAUCCCACUGGAUAAUAAGCACUGAACCCCCAAUCACACACAUGUCCUUCUGAGUCAAAAAUCUGCUAAACCUUCUUUAAAUGAGUUACCAGAAUACAAAGCAAAAAACCUUGUCCAUUUGCCAUCGUCUGAUUCUGUAUAUAUUGGACUGUACAGCCUACUCUUCAUAUAAACAAGUCAAUUCGCACAGGUUUAGAUUUAGACUGAAUAUUGAUGUGAAGCUCGAGAUACUAAGAUGAGGUGUGAGUUUAGUUGUAAUGUAAUUGACCGCACAAAUACGUCAAGGCUCUGGUGUUAAUGACUUUGCGUCACUAGGAUAUGUUAGCAUCAUUAUUUGGUUCGUGUUGGAGAACCAGCUUGCCCAAGCUUGUGUGAGCGGAGCGCGCGAACACUACAAAUAAAGGAAAGCGCGCACCUGCGAUCCUUUACAGCUCUGAGAAGAACCUGAACAUCAUCCUCCUGAAUACCAGCUCGUCUCCGUGUAUUUUAAAGGUGAGUGGAGAGCAGCGGAUCUGAGGAUGUCCUGCAGUUGGUUGCUCGUGCUGUUCUCUCAUGUGGUGCUGUUGCUCGCGUGUCCUGGACUCUCGCGCUGUGCGCUCGACUAUCCAUCAUUCACAGACAACAGCGACCCCCAGUCUGAGCACUAUGACAAACGAAACAACGACAUCGAUUAUGACAGUUUCAUCGGCCUGAUGGGCAGGAGGAGUGCAGGAACAAAUCGUGACAUGAGUUCACCAUUUAGACCUAACAUGAAUGACAUUUUUGUUGGACUGUUGGGACGGAGAAACAUUGUGUCGGCUAUUCCUGCUUGGAGAAGAGAGCGGAGAGGCAGCAUUUUCUCAAAAGAAAGAAGGCUAAAGUGAGAAUUUGCAAGUUUCGUUAUAGAGCAGUCAUUGGGGUUUUGCUGUGGUGUAUGAAGCCUGAUCUCAUCUGUCCAGAACUCACUAUGGAAAAAAUAUCUUUCUUUGUAAGAUAACUGGGCUGUAUGAUUUUUUUUGUUUAUUGUCAAAGUGCAUUCAUUCUAGUAUUUAUUCUUUUUAAGUAGGAUAAGAAUUCUUACAUUGAACCCCCUUACGGUUUCCGAGUAAUCUCAAACCAGAAAAAAAGGAUAUUUUGUUUCAAGGAAUGACAACAAUUCUGUGUUGAUUGGACAGAUACAGGAAGAUUGAAGAAUAUAUGAGCCACACACUGUAUAUGUUCUUGCUUAUACCUUAUUAAUUUUAACAUAUGCUUACUUAAAGUGCUGUAAAAUAUAC